GAGUGGUUGAAUGAUCGCUGAGCUGACGACUCACUCCACCAAGAAACAUUCCAAAACCAUGAACCUGCACACACCGUGUCAACACCUACUUUAUUAUUCUUAAGAUCCAACCAAGAAUCUGAAUUUCUUCCAUAUAUCAUGACUCCGUUACAGCAAUGGCUGCGCAUGGUGGUAGUUUGCGUGGUGUUCUUGAGCAUCAUGAGCCAGUGUUGGACCCUCAAGAACAAUCAUGAUCAAAUACAAGUAGAAACAAUUCAUAGCACAUAUAACUCAUGGCACAUUGGACAUCAUAGGAAGCAACUUUUACAACUACAAGCACCAAAAUCUUCUAAAAUACACAAACCAAACAAAAGUAACAAUAAUAAUAAUAAAAUCAAAGAAACUACUUCACCAUCACCAUCAUAUUUUCCCUCUUCAUCAUUGUCACCAAAUCCUGAAAGUUUCUCACCAUCAGAAACUCCUUCAAAUUCACCUUCAUCUCCACUACCAUUAUCCCCUGAAGCUUCUCAUUCCCCUUCACCAUCUCCAUCCAAAUCUAAUACCUUUAUUGGCAAUCCUUCACCUUUACCUUCGCCGUUACCGGCCAGUGCAGCUAGCGUUGUGUCGAAUUGGAUUUCAGCGCCGUCGCCGGCUCCAUUGGCAGCAAAGAAAGGGGAAUCAAAGAGUUAUUCAAGGCAACAUUUUGUGAUAGUUUGGUCAACAGUUGGUGGAUUCUCAUUCUUGGUUUUGGUGACAGCAAUUGUUUUUGCUUGCUUCAGAAGUAAUAAAGUUGUGACUGUGAAACCUUGGGCCACAGGGUUGAGUGGCCAGCUUCAAAAAGCAUUUGUAACAGGUGUUCCAAGUCUGAAAAGAUCAGAACUUGAAGUAGCUUGUGAAUAUUUCAGCAACAUUAUUGGUUCUAUACCAGAUGGAACUGUUUAUAAGGGGACACUCUCCAGUGGAGUUGAGAUAGCAGUGGCAUAUUCUUCAGUUACUUCAUCUAAAAACUGGUUGAAAAGUAUGGAAGCGCAAUACCGGAAGAAGAUAGAGACAUUGUCAAGGGUGAACCACAAGAAUUUUUUGAACCUGAUUGGAUAUUGUGAAGAGAGAAAGCCAUUCACAAGGGUUAUGGUUUUUGAGUAUGCUCCGAAUGGAACACUAUUUGAGCAUCUGCAUGUCCUAGAAGCAGAACAACUAGACUGGGGAAUGAGAGUGAGGAUAGCUAUGGGAAUAGCCUAUUGCCUAGAACAUUUGCAUCAACUGACGCCGGCCGUCGCCCACGGAGACCUGAUCUCUUCCUCUAUAUACCUGACUGAAGACUAUGCUGCCAAGUUAUCAGACCUUAGUUUCUGGAACAACACAAAAGGUUCUGAAGCCAUUCAGCUCUCUGAAACAACUUGGACACAUAUAAAGGACAAUGUUUAUAGCUUCGGCGUGAUACUGUUUGAAUUGAUAACCGGUAGGAUUCCCUACGCCAUGGAAAACAGCUUUCGUGUGGAUUGGACGGCGGAGUAUAUAAGGAGGCAGCCCUUGAAAGAUAUGGUGGAUACAAGGCUGAACAAUUUGAAAGAAAGUGAAGUUGAGAAAUGGUCUCAAGUUAUUAAGAGUUGUGUGCAUCCAAAUGCAGAGAAAAGACCAAAUAUGAGAGAGGUUGUUGCUAAGCUGAAGGAAAUAACUGCUAUGGAGCCUGAUGGAGCAACUCCAAAAUCAUCACCACUAUGGUGGGCAGAAUUAGAAAUUAUGGAUGCGAAUUCAGACAUUAAUCCAUGAAAUUAGCCCCCAACAGUUUGAUGAUAAUCUGAGCAAUCAGUUUCAUGCCAUCUUAUGAUUCUUCCUUCCUUUCUUUUUAUUUUAUUUUUCUUUCUUUCUGUCUUUACUCUGUUUUACAUGUUUCUUGUGAAGCUAACAGAAGUAGGGUGUACUUGUGUAGAAGAGAGAAUCUGUCUCAUGGAGAGAAUGGUGUAUGUAAAUAUUUGAGGAAUGGAAAAUACUUCCUUAAA